AUGCUUAAAUGGGCCAUAAACCAGCCGAGACACUCAUAUCUAUCUGGCGAGGAGGAGAGGCUAGGGGUCGACGAGGAAGAAGUUGCCACGACGACGAUGGCGACGACAACGACAACGACAACUUCGAUGGACUAUAAGGAAUUUCAUGCCUUGCGCCGAAAACUUAAACGAAAAUCGUUGACCACAUCCACGCCUCUGCCCGCCGCCUCCUUGCCACCAUCGUUGCGACGUACUCUAAUAAAGGAUUCAAUGUCACCACUGGAAGUGAAUACUCCAACUCCUCUACGUCCGUCCAACAAGUGUGUCUAUGCUUCCACGUUGCCCACUUUUGAGGCGGAAUAUUCACCCUCACAGGCAACGGCAACAGGAACAGGAACAGGCACAGGAACGACAAGGACAACUUGUGGCAUCACUGUGCCUGGUCCCCUGCUGGCUCUACGAGGACUAUGUGUACCCGACAGUUACUUUGACAAGCCAAGAUAUUUGGAUGAGCAGCAGCAGCAGCAGAAGGAACAGGAGCAGGAGCCGCCAGGGCAAUUGUUGCCAGAGGCCAACACCACAAACGCCUUGAGUUCGAGGCAGAUGGGUGAUGUUACCUUGGAGCGAAUGAUUGAUGCCAUUUUGGAGAGCACUCGAAAACCACCGAAUCACAGAUACGCGUCCACUCACUCGUCCACCUAUCGUCCUGCCUUUGAUCCAGCCAGUGAUCUGUGCGAGAAUUGGCCCACAGCCCACUUUGAAGAGCGUGAAAUCAUCGGCCCUCCGUCCCACCUACCCACCCACUCCCGCUCGAAGAUCCGCUCCCAGCAGUUGCUGUUGCGUCGUCAGCGGGUGGUGCGACGUAAACGGAAAAUAGCCACCAAAAUCUCAUCCAGCGUUCGACACUCUGCCCAAAAGUUGCUUAGUGCCGCAUCUCGUUCCAGCCAGAAGGAGAUGCAGAAACAGAAUGUACGGCGUCACAUCAGUCCCGACAGUGGUCACAAUUCCGAGUUGGAGGACCUCGAGGCACCAUGCCACUUGGAAGCCCUGUUUGCUAGAGAUGUUACCAAGCGCCGUUUGAGUUUCAGCUAG